AUGGCUACCUUUUCGCAGCUGCCACACGAACUCCAGCAGAACAUACUCGACCAUCUUGUUGUCGACAAGAGAUCCCUGACUCGCCAUGAUCGUAAAAAUUUGCUUGCUCCUAUGAGAGUCAACUCCUGCUGGUUCAAUCAUACCACCGACAUCUUAUGGAACAGAGUGUCCAACCUCGAAAGCACUUUCUCGAACAUGGGCAAUGAAGAAGACAGACGCCAGAUUUACGUUAGCAAGAUACGCAUAUUGAAUCUACACACUGCAAGGAUCUACUUCGACUUGAUUGAGGACCUGAAAUUCGAGAGCUUGACACACCUCAUGUUGAGAGGCGACCACAUGGGCAUCUUACCUUUCUUGCAGCCCAACCUGAAAACCAUCAUCUUCUGUGGCAGCUUCGCCCUGACCAAAACUGAACUAAAUCAAAUGGCCAUACUUUGCCCCAACCUACACGAGCUCAAAAUCAUUCCUACCAAUGCCGAUAACCACAGAGCACUCACUCCAAAACCCAAUCUCGAUCCCAUUGACCCCCACACUUUUGGCUCCUUCUUCCAACAUUGUCGGCGCCUCAGGUCUCUUGAUAUCGGCAGCAAGCUUCCCAUCCCUCUCGUGUCAGCUGCUUUAGUUGGUCUUCGAUCUCUCGUGGCUGCACAGCUUGAAGAGCUGAUUCUUACCAGGAUCGAACCAGCAGCUCUACCGGAAGAUACUAACGAGAUUCUGGAAGCCUGCACUUCAUUGCGUAAGUUCGAAAUUCGAUGUAACUAUUAUACCGGCGACCCAUUCUCUAUGACUAUGUUGUUAAGGGGUCUUGCAACUAUAACUGGUCUUGAACACCUUCGUUUGGACCAUGGUGUAGUCGGAGACGACGUUGAAGAGUUCAUCAGGCGACAUGCCACUCCUUUUGGAAACCUCCAAUCGCUGGCACUGAAGGGUGAUAUGGCGUCGAUUUCAAGUUUUCUCUCGCUCUCAAUGCAAUCACUCACACGGCUUCAGAUCGUCGUCAGCGAUCCCGCUCAUCACAUAUGUCCUAGCAUAGGACGCUUACAGAAUCUCACGUAUCUUAACCUGGUAAUUGGUGUCAACCAUCGUGACCUUUAUUGGGAGGGUGUAAGAUACCACCCUGAAGCUCACGACUGGCAAGCCACUCCAGAGGACAUGCAGGCUCUGUCAACCCUGAGCAAAUUACGAUCAAUCAACAUCCGUCCCAUGAACAUAAAUCUCACAGCGCCAUGGAUAUCAGAUGACUACUUUCUCGCAUGGACAAGCAGCUUUCCACAUCUACGAGAUCUAGAGCUGGACAUUGAAUGUCCAGUUUCUUUUGCAGCCAUAGUUGCUUUGUCCAAAACCCAUCCCUUACUGCGCAAAUGCAAGCUCCUAUGGAUCCAAGAGAUCGACAACUGGGAUGAUCUACCAACACCCGAAUUCUCGAACCUACAACAGCUCACGCUUAACUUCGUUGUCAAUGUUCCCGAAGAUGAGCUUCGCAGCCACAUUGUCAGGAAGUUCUUCAAGCCUCCAAGGCCCGUGGGGGCAUAA